CCGGUGAGAAGCACCGUGUUUUCUGUUUUCGAACAACAAGCCCACCUGCGUGACUGAGCCAGCUGAUUUCCAAGUGAUGAGACGUGGCUUGCUGGAGGUUCUCCAGAUCUUUCAAAACACUCCGCAGAUAGAGCAUCACGACUUCCUAUUUGCCCAGGACCUACGUAUCAAAAAAGCUUCCGCCACGUGCUUCGAGUCGGCCAAAGAGCUGGAAGAAGAGCUCAAUGCACAAGCGGACAGUGCCAGUCGAUUGGCCGCUGCCAAUGAUGAGGCGGACAAAGCUGCACAUGAUCCAGAUGAAGUGGCGCGCCAGGAGCAGCACCUGCCCAAGGAUGCUAUCCCAUCACGAAAGGAUUGUCCGGACAUCAAAUGCGAGCCCUGCCCGGAGUGCCCUAUGUGUCCGGAAUGCCCAUCCUGCCCGAAGGGCUUCAAGCAUCCAGACAAUAGAGCAGGUGCAAGUCAGCUUCCUCCAGUGAAGCAUGGAAAGGUGGUUUGCAACAGCAUGGACAGCAACUGCCCCUUUUGCCCUGCAUGCAGUUGCCCAGAGUGCCUCAAUGAAUGCCCACCUUGCAUCAAGAGGCCGCCCAACGAUCCACCGACCGUUGUCUUGGGAACGGAUGGAGAGCCGCAUGCCACAGGCGGCACACCGGUGAACCCUUUGGUGUCCCUUGGCUAUAUAAUUGCAUUUUUUGAAAGCCUGACUCACCUGACCCUUUACUGGUAUUCGAUGUUGUUCUUCCUGGAGUGCUUGCCGGCCAGGGGGCAUCUCAAUCACAAGCAUGUGUUUCUUUCACAGACGGUGCUUGGUGUUAUCUUGGCUUAUUGAGGUUCAAGUGGCACUGCAAGGCAACCUGGGAAAAUUCCAUUUGUAGGAGGGAAUCUGGCGGGGAAGGUAAAGGUUAGUUGGGAC